AUGUCUGACGCUGGAUCUGAAACCGCUUCCAACCCCCCUGUCGAGGUCGAAGGUGCCGAAGUUGAAGUUGCCGACAAAUCUGGACCUCUCUCCGUCGAGGACGCCCUCCAACAAGUCAUCAAGACCGCUUUGGUCCACGAUGGUCUUGCUAGAGGUUUGAGAGAAUGUGCCAAGGCUCUUGAUAAGAGGGAAGCUCAUUUGUGUGUCUUGGUCGAGACCGUCACUGAGGCCGAAUACCUCAAACUCAUUGAAGCUCUCUGUGCCGAACACUCCAUCCAACUCAUCAAAGUUUCCGAUGCCAAGGUUCUCGGUCAAUGGGCUGGUCUCGCCAAGAUUGACAGAGAAGGUAAACCCAGAAAGGUCGUCGGAUGCUCUUGUGUAGUUAUCACCAACUACGGUCAAGACUCCCCUGCUCUUCAAGUCCUCCUCGACUGUGAGUCAAUCACUUCUUCGCAUACAUGA